GCUAGUUCAGGCAUGCCCCAUAACCCCAACUUUCAUGCACGUGAGCUGCAGAUGUCAGAGAGAACAGCCAUUCUCACCCAUCUAGCACUGGGUGAGCGAAUUUUCUGCAUUCCUGCAAGGAAAUAUGGAGUAAGAUAAGCUGGUAGGAAGUAAGCGUGGACUGCUGACGUCACUUCCUAAUGACGGACUCAUUCUGAUUCAUCCAGGACUGGCGAAUGUAUUAUUCUUAAUACAGACAUGAGGCUGUGUUUGAUGUUGGCAUUUACACUGAUGUCCAACCUCAUAGCAGUUGUGCAUGGGGCUGAAAAGAACAAACUUCAGAUAGGAAUCAAGAAAAGAGUGGACAACUGUCCUAUCAAGUCGCGAAAGGGAGACGUGUUGAAUAUGCACUACACUGGGAAGCUGGAGGAUGGGACAGAAUUUGACAGCAGCAUACCGAGGAAUCAGCCCUUCACCUUUACUCUUGGCACUGGACAGGUCAUCAAGGGAUGGGAUCAGGGUUUACUGGGAAUGUGUGAGGGUGAGAAGAGGAAACUGGUUAUUCCCUCUGAGCUCGGUUAUGGUGAUAGAGGAGCACCACCUAAAAUUCCAGGUGGCGCCACACUCAUCUUUGAAGUAGAGCUGUUAAGCAUUGAGAGAAGAUCUGAGUUAUAGUGACAGAUUUGUGGGCCUGUGAGUCUUAAGCAUUUAAAAUCAUAAGCUGCAGCUGCACUCUAAACUGUUGUACUGUUAUCUACUGUACCCACAUAACAAUUUUCCAUUCCAUUAUUUUGUUUUACUUUAAAGAAAACUCAACACACAGCGAUUCAGACAUGUAUGUAGCACCAUUCUUUAUUUGAGAGUCUUACUACACAUAUUUGGUUGUGAGAGUGCACACAGUACAGUUUAUGUCUUUCUAACAAGUUCUGAUCAGUAAGAAAUGCAUUUCUCAUUUCUUGUUCAUUUGAAGUUGAAUAAACUUUUUAUUUACAAAA